UCUCUAACUUCUACAUUAUAUUUGGGCCUUUCACAUGAUGUAAAAAAUCCGCUUCCAGAAAGAUAGCAGGAUCUAGAGCAAGGAUUAGCGCUCGUUUCUGUGCUAUUGCUUCAAAAAGCACCCAUUUGCAACCGACACAGAAAGGCGUGCUAACUUUGUUCCAGAUUCUGCUAUCUUUCUGGAAGUGGAUUUUGCAUCAUGUGAAAGCUCAAGUAUAAUGCGGAAAUUAACUGUUAAAAAUGCAACGCUUUCAUCAAAAGGAAAGGAGAGAGCGGGUUGCAGGAAGAUGUUAAUUGGGCUAUGCUAGGAUUGCAAGGAGGACACCCACCAGCCUGUUGUUCAAGGAGCCGGUUAAGAAAAUAAAUCGUAGAAGACGUGAAGAUGGUGCGUGCGAAGAUUUGGAUCUUGAAGAAGCACUUUGAGGGAUUUCCUAAGCACAGUGAUUUUGAACUGAAAGAGGUGGAACUACCGGCACUGAAGGAUGGAGAGGUGCUGCUCGAAUCUGUGUUCCUCAGUAUUGACCCAUAUAUGAGACCAUACAGCAGGCUACAUCUGAAGGAAGGGGAUACCAUGAUGGGAUCCCAAGUUGCAAAGGUUCUGGAAAGCAAGUGCCCCACCUACCCUGUGGGGUCCUUCGUCAUAGCGAAUUCAGGCUGGACAACUCACUUCAUCUCCACGAGCAAAGGGCUGACGCUCAUGCUGCCUGGCUGGCCGGAAAAGCUGCCCCGAUCUCUGGCUCUCGGAGCUAUUGGCAUGCCCGGGCUCACUGCCUACUUUGGGCUGCUUGAGAUCUGCCGAACGAAACCAGGAGAUACUGUCCUGAUCAACGCUGCAGCUGGGGCUGUGGGGAGUGUGGCCGGGCAGAUUGCAAAAAUAAAGGGUUGCAAAGUGGUUGGCUGUGCAGGUUCGGACAAGAAAGUGGCCUUCCUCAAAGAACUUGGCUUUGAUGAAGCCUUCAACUAUAAGACGGUGGGGUCUCUGGAAGAGGCCUUGAAGAAAGCUUCGCCCAACGGCUACGAUUGCUACUUUGACAACGUCGGAGGCGAGUUUUCAACUGUUGCCCUGGGCCAGAUGAAGAAAUUUGGGAGAAUUGCUGUGUGUGGCGCCAUCUCCUUGUACAAUGAUACAGUGCCCCAAAAAGGACCUUAUGUGCAACUUACUAUGAUCCUAAACCAGCUGUGCAUGGAAGGGUUUGUCGUCCAGCGCUGGGCAGACAGGAAAGAGGAAGGUCUGACAGCACUGUUGAAAUGGGUUGCAGAGGGGGAAAUUAAGUGCCAAGAACAUGUCACCCAGGGCUUUGAAAAUAUGCCGGCAGCAUUUAUGGGAAUGCUCAAAGGAGAAAACACCGGGAAGGCAGUCCUAAAAGUUUGACGGGCACGUGGCUUACUCUGGCAAGACGUUCGGCAGAAUAAAUCACUACCCCCUCUUUUA